AUGCAUGGAAAAAUAUAUAUCCCCUUUGGCAAUGUCAUCACUGCAUUUCUUGCAUACAUGAGUAAAGACAUUUCACAAGGGACCCUUCAGCCACUGUCUAAAGACUACGAUCAGAUUGGAGCCAGACAACUUGCCCUCGCAGGCAUCAUCGUCAAGAAUCAAGUCAUUGUGUGGAAGCAAGUGAGGCAGCGAGCCAAAGAACAUGAAGAGGAGGAUCAAUCAGCCAACGAACACAUGGAGGAGGAUGAAGGUGAAAAAGUGCCCCCGGUGCCAUCAUCAUCAUGUUUACCAUUCAAUGUAUCAGAUAGACUGGCAUUUAUAGAGGAGAGGAUGAAUUUGCUGAUUACCAGAUUUGACAAGUUCCUCCAUGAUUUUGAUGAUUUUCGACAGCAAUUUGGACAUUAUAGUCGGAGCUGGUUUGUCUUUCCUGUUUUCCUGUUGCGAUCCUGCACUCUUGCUGCUUCUUAUGGUUUUAACUCAAACCGACUAGAUCAUUCUCAGUAUCUGAACUGUUCAGAUUUACUUCUUCAUUCCCCUGAUGGUUCUUCAGAUACUUCAGUUUCAGGUUUUUCAGGUACACUUCUUUCAGCUAUGACCAAUUCUGAAUGGCUUUUCCGUACGCAACCUCGCUCUUAUUGCCUCACGUGCAAGCCUCCACGCGAAGCUUCGUCCUCAAUGCCCAACAAGGAUGUGGAUUUUGGAUGCAUUAUAAUUGACACCAUUUGUGGAAAUAUUAAGGAAGCUGGGAUUGAUGACACGGACUUAGAGGAUCUGAGCGACAUGAAGGGUCUGAUUGACUGUGAUCUAGGAAGUGCCAAGCCUGGGUAUCUUAGAGAACUUCUACCUGAUUCUGCACCCGAUCAUUCUGAAAGCUUGCAAGAUGUUUUUGAUGAUAUCCAACAAAAGAUUGUACCUGGCAUAACCCAUUGGCAAAGUCCUCAAUAUUUUGCAUACUAUCCAUCCAACAGCAGCACAGCUGGAUUCUUGGGAGAAAUGCUUAGUGCUGGAUUCAAUAUUGUGGGUUUCAGCUGGGUCACUUCUCCUGCUGCCACAGAACUUGAAAUUAUUAUUCUUGAUUGGCUAGCAAAACUGCUUAAGCUGCCAAACCAGUUCCUUUCAACCGGGAAGGGAGGUGGGGUAAUCCAGGGCACUGCUAGUGAAGCAAUUCUUGUUGUUCUUUUAGCUGCUCGGGAUAAGAUUUUGAGAAAGGUAGGGAAGAAUUCCCUAGAAAAACUAGUGGUUUAUGCUUCUGACCAGACACAUUCUGCUCUACAAAAAGCAUGCCAGAUUGCAGGAAUAUUUUCUGAGAAUGUCAGAGUUCUGAAGACCGACUCUAGUUCAAACUAUGCUCUUUCUCCUGAAGUAGUUUCCACAGCUAUUUCUGAUGACUUAUUGGCUGGAUUGAUACCAUUUUUUUUAUGUGGCACAGUUGGCACCACUUCCUCAGCAGCUGUGGAUCCACUGUCUGAGCUUGGAAAAUUAGCAAAGGCAUUUGACUUGUGGUUUCAUGUGGAUGCUGCAUAUGCUGGCAGUGUUUGCAUUUGUCCAGAGUACCGUUAUCAUAUCAAUGGUGUUGAAGAAGCAGAUUCAUUUGGCAUGAAUGCACAUAAAUGGUUUCUUACAAAUUUUGAUUGUUCAGUGCUCUGGGUAAAGGACCGAAGUGCUUUGAUCCAAUGCCUUUCCACAUAUCCUGAGUUUCUAAAGAAUAAGGCCUCAGAGGAAAAUGCCGUGGUGGAUUUUAAAGAUUGGCAGAUUCCUCUUGGACGCAGAUUCAGGUCUCUAAAGCUAUGGUUGGUUUUGAGGCUUUAUGGUGUGGAGAAAUUGCAAAGCUACAUUAGGAAUCACAUACGGUUAGCUGAACUAUUUGAACAACUUAUCGGCUAUGACUCUAGAUUUGAGGUUGUGACUCCUCGAACCUUCUCACUAGUAUGUUUUCGCCUUAUUCCUCCACAAAAUGAUCCAGAUAAUGGCUUUAAGUUGAAUCAAAGUCUAUUGAAUUCUGUCAAUGCAAGCGGCAAAAUCUUCAUGUCACAUACUGUUCUGUCGGGCAAAUUCAUCUUGCGUUUUGCAGUAGGAGCACCACUUACGGAAGACAAGCAUAUCACAAUGGCAUGGAAGGUGUUGCAGGAUCAGGCUACGUCGCUUCUAAAGGACUUAUAGGAGUUUAUCCGAUAUGUUUUCCUACUUAUUUGAUCAUUUCAAUCUAGAUAAUAGAUCCAAUUUGAUCAGCAUGCAAGUUCUGCAUUUCCGAACUCGUUUUGUUUGUUCGGACCAUUUUAAUUUUGACCCUACAAACCGAAUUGAAUUGGCCGGAAUUCUGGUUAUAAUUUUGCAACUGUUGUUAUGCUUAAAA